AUAACGAGGCCGCGGAACACGCGGAGGCCGGUCCCGGCGCGUCGUUCCCGCUCUCGAGGGCGAUGGACAGUCGCCGUCGAGACGCAAAACGGCCGGAAAACAUCGGACUCGGUCGCGACGUCGCAUAUUUCGCGUCUCGCGUAACCACGAGAUAUGUUCCGAUCGACCGGACAUGAUCGCGCUGGAACGUGUGCUGUCGCGCUCGUGUUCGCCUCGCUCUCGCCUGAAAAUACAUGUCGCACGCCAGUUUCACGCCGAGCGCGCAAAUAAACGUGACUUUUUUGAGGAUUCCCUCGCCGCGGCUCGCGUCCGCUCGAUAUAGAGACGGCGGCUAUAUAGUCGCGAUAUAGCACGAGAUAUAGCGCUCGCGAUACCGACCAGCCUUCUUGAUCGACCAGAGGGACGCCAUUCGUUUUGGCGGGCACGUGUUUUGUUCGCGUUCGCGAGUCUCGUGUUUCUCGUGGCUGCUCUGUGCACGCUCGUGCUUCGACUCGGCUUUCAGCAGCUUGCACUCAUGAAUAACAUUUCAUCAAAAAUGGAAUCAAUGGACAUAACUACAGAACCCACCACUGUAACAAAGGAUGUCAAUGCAUCAUCCUUCAGGGAAUCGGUAUCUGUUGACGACAUGACUUCAAGAGACUAUUACUUUGACUCUUACGCUCACUAUGGGAUCCAUGAGGAGAUGUUGAAGGACGAAGUACGCACCGUGACUUACCGUAACUCGAUGUACCACAACAAGCAUCUAUUCAAAGGGAAGACUGUCCUCGACAUUGGUUGUGGCACUGGCAUCCUCUCUAUGUUCGCUGCUAAGGCUGGUGCAGCCAAGGUCAUCGGUAUCGAGUGCUCGAAUAUCGUUGAAUACGCAGAGAAGAUAGUGGAGGCGAACAAUCUGUCCAAUAUCAUAACCAUUCUCAAGGGAAAGGUCGAGGAGGUCUCAUUGCCCGACGGAAUAGAGAAGGUCGACAUAAUAAUAUCUGAGUGGAUGGGUUAUUGUCUGUUUUACGAGUCGAUGUUGGACACGGUACUCUUUGCUAGAGAUAAAUGGCUUCGCGAGGAUGGCAUGCUGUUCCCGGACAAGGCUACCCUGUUUAUCUGUGGCAUAGAGGACAGACAAUACAAAGACGAAAAGAUCAAUUGGUGGGACGAUGUAUACGGAUUCGACAUGAGCAGCAUAAGGAAGGUGGCGAUCAGCGAGCCCCUGGUGGACGUAGUAGAUCCAAAGCAGGUUGUCACGAACGCAUGCCUGAUCAAGGAGGUCGACUUGUACACAGUGACGAAGGCCGAUCUCGAGUUCUCGUCACCGUUCACCCUGCAAGUACGCCGUAACGAUUACGUUCAAGCUCUAGUUACGUUCUUCAACAUCGAAUUCACCAAGUGCCACAAACGCAUUGGCUUCAGUACCGCACCUGAAGUGCCAUACACGCAUUGGAAGCAGACUGUCUUCUACUUCGACGAGUACAUGACGGUGAAGAAGGGAGAGGAGAUCUACGGCGUCUUCUCGAUGAGGCCCAACGCCAGGAACUACAGGGAUCUGGAUUUCAGUAUCGAGUUGGACUUUAAAGGCGAAUUGUGCCAAGUGCAUGAAACUAAUAACUACCGCAUGCGCUGAUAUUCAGUGGAUUGUGCGCUCUCUUCCUCCCCUUUUUCAUAGCUCAUGGAAAACCAUUUAAUCAAACCUCGAAUCGAUUCCUUACUUAUUAUGGAAUUAUAAACAAUGCUGAUUGCAUGCCAAUACGUGUAUGCUACGUGUAUGCACAUCGACGAUGGUAUAUGAGCUGUAAAAGUAUUGUGAAUCUUUAAUUUUACAAGGUACAAGAUGCUUCCCAAUUAGACGUUUAACGCGUACUUUUAUAGUUUUUCUUCAUGCGUGCGGAUCCUCGAUGACCGUAUUUGUAAGGGUAAAUCCGAAAUAAACGACGAAAUGUAACUAAAAGCGAACGACAAAAUCUAAAAUAAAAUUUUCGCGCACAACUAGCCAGAUUUGCCAGCCAUCAAUUCGUAAGAAACUCUCAAUUCUUGAGCAAGAUAUAAGUGGGUGCAAGAUGCGAGAUCGAGAAACCUCGUCCUCUUGUAUCUUCUUGUAUCUUCAGAGCCAUUCACUUUUGUACUAUUCGACUCUGCUUAAUUAUUAUUAUUAUUAUCAUCGAUUAUUGCUAGUUGCUUGAGAGAAACGCCUGAAAAUUAUUCUGAAGCAAGAAUUUCAGUCGAAUGAAAAUUUUUAUGUAGGUCUUUAUUCGCGUACGUCUUACCACACGUGUACUCGUUUAUUGCGUCUUGUCAAAGUACCGAGUAGGAAGGAUAUGUUUAAAGAGUGCUAUUUUUUUGCGAACAUUUUCACAUAUGUACAUGAUAAUUGUGACGAGCCCCGGACGACAAAAAAAACUUCUAAUCAAACAACAGGCAUGAAUACAUAAAAUCUUAUAUUAAAUCUUGUAUUAACGAUUGCUUUCGUGUUUAGUAGCGAUUUCUAUCACUGAACUCGUGUACGAAGAGAUUAGGCUGAGCGCGAAGUAUGCAUGUAUCGGUUUCCUUAUUAAGUAAGUAGAAUGCGUCAUCAUGUCGCCAGGCCUUUUAAACAAUUGGCUAACUUCUGUGUCUUGUAAUCGGUCCGUAAUUGAAUAAAGUUAAGUAGAACGGUGCGAUCAAGUGUCAUCUGCAAUUGUAACAAUGGAAUAAUGUACAUCUCUGAUAAAGUGGAAAAAGAAACGUAUCUUUUGAGAGU